AUGGAAAAAUUUCUUAAUAUUGAAUCGAAACGUAAACAAAAUGAGGACAACUGUAAAGAAGAAAAUAAACUAUUAGCUGCUGAUAGUAUGGUACCCAAUAAAUUAAAACGUCAUUUAGAGACUAAUCAUAGUACAUUAAAUAAUAAAUCACGUGAUUAUUUUGUAAGACAACUUGCAAAAUUAGAAAAACAAUCUUCUAGUUUCGUUAAACAGACAAGCGUUCCAUCUAAAGCUCUUUUGGCUUCAUAUAAAGUAGCAUUUCGUAUUGCACAAUGCAAAAAAUCUCAUACGAUUGCCGAAGAACUUAUUUUACCAUCAGCAAUAGAUAUGCUUGAUGAAGCAACCGAUAAUAAUAAAGACGCAUAUUUAAUAUGUUAUGUUCGGUUUAUGGAUGGAGUAGAUAUUAUAGAAGAAUUAUUAUUUUGUAAAUCUAUAUUAAGUGGUACUAAAGCUAAAGACCUAUUUGAUAUCACUAAUAAUUUUAUGGAUCAUAAUAAUAUUAAAUGGGAAAACUGUUUGGGCGUGUGUACAGAUGGAGCUCGAGCUAUUUUUUCUGAUGACACAGCUAUAUUAGUUACUGAUAAAUCAAUCGAUAAUUUAUUUAAUGAAUCAAAUAAAGUUCUAAAUAAUGUACAACUUAAAUUGGAUGUUGGUUUAUCCGAAGUUAAUAGCCUCAAUAAAUUACUGGAACUUUUUCAAUAA